AUGGAAAUUACAUUUACCAAAAGACAGUGUUUUCAAUGUUUUUUUCCUCAGGAAAAAGCUGUGUCAGAGAAGAAAGAAGAUAACAUUCCUCUUAAGGCAAGGAUAUCUAACCAAAUUGAGAAGAAAGAAGUAGAAACAUUUUAUGCUGCUUUCCUUGUCUGGACAAUAAUCAUGUUGAUAAUGUCAUAUUAUCGCCUGCCUUCAGUGCACUUACCAUUGCUGUUUAUCAUCUUUCCACUGAUAAUACAAGUGGUUAUAUGGGACAAUGUAUUAACUGCAAAGACAAGUCAUGAAAAUAUUGGAGCAUUUUUGUUCAUGUGUCUCUUAGCUACAGUGAUACCUAUUCCAUUCUGUAUGUUUUUGACAUUUGCUAUGUUUGAUGUCUUUGUGCCUAUUAUGGGUUGA